GGAUUGAUCUUCUACUCACCAAAACUACGUUUCCAGUCUUAUUUCAUGGGUCCAGUUGUCUUUGGGAGAAUAAGCAAAUUGAGUUUGUGCGUGGAGUAUCAUGGCUGAGGCGAUUGGCUUUGUCGCAAGUGUCUUGCAAUUAGCAGGGACAGGUUUGAAGCUUUCACAGGCUUUGUAUCAGUAUGCCGACAGUGUGGCGACGGCUGACCGUAGGAUCAAGGAUGUUGCGAAAGAGAUCAAGCUUACCAGCUUCGUCAUUGAGGAACUGGGCGGCAUUUUCAAGCAAGACGAUACCUUGAGCCUGAUUUCGAAGAGUGCUGUUGCGACAGCAAACGAGACUCUCGACGAAUGUUCUAAAAUGUUCGAAGAAAUCGAAGUGGCUUUGAAUAAGAGCAAAAAGGGAAAGAUGGGUCGACUAAUGCUGCCAUUCCGGGAACCUAAGAUGGAGCUGUUGCGAAGCCACAUCGACAAACUCAAGAGCACGCUGCAACUUCUAAUGCAGGUGCUUAUGUAUGCAUAUCAGGUAUCUUCAAAAAAGCUUGACCGCGAAGCCGAGGCAAGGCAACGAGAGGAGAUUCGGCAGUUACUGGAAAACAAAAAGAACACCACAAAGAGAUACGAGGAGUCAUUGCAAAGAUUCAAAACAAGCGAUAGCAAUGCUGAACUUGAGGAUGACGACAUCUCUUUUGAUGACAGUGGAUCUGUUUCAACUCUGGUCGCUAAAUCGAUCGGCUCUACGAUAACUCCUGAUUCUCUUGCAGAAUGCGCCCAGCAUGUCCGGACACUCUUGGAAAGCAUCAAUCGACUGCAACAAGCUCUGGCGAGUGCAUCUGUAGGCGAUGAUCAUUCAGACGAUCAUCAAAUGGCCAUUGGAUCUUACUUUGCUGCUCGCUCCCAUCUGGACAGCAUUCUGCUUGGUAGCUCGAACAUGGGGCAUAAAAACGUGACGCUAAAAACGGAAAAGCAUACCAAAAUAGAGGCUCGCAUCCCGAGAGCCAAACCCAAAAGUUGCUUAUUUGAACAAAAGAAAGAGUCCGUUGUUGUAAUUGAGACAGGUGCAGGGAAGAUGGUAGCGGAGACUCCGCAGCAGGAAAAAAAACCAGUACGAGUGCAAGGAACAAAGAGGCCGAACGAGGACAUAACUUACGUUCAAAGACCAAAGAGUCCACUUCCCGCUGUUUCAGGUUCACUUUUUGGCAGCAGUAAACCGAACGAGGACACGGCCUACGUUCAAAGACCAGAGGGCCCACGUCACGCUGUUUCGGAUUCGCUUUUUGGCAGUAGUAAACCGAAUACCAAGGGCGACGAUCAUUUACGCUAUGGAACCAGUCCAUUUUCAUGUUUGCCAGACCAUCUGAGGCAGACACAGUCGUUUAGUUUUGGAUCAGGGUUGGGUUAUUCCUAUCAUUCUUCCACCUCACAGAAACCUUCAGAGAAGGUGGAGAUAAGUGUGCCUGUAUCUCGCUCGCCAGCAUAUGCGCCAGUUCUUUCUUCACCAGCAUAUUCACCAGCUCUUUCCUCACCAGCACAAGCGCCAAUACUUCCUCAAUCACCCUCUGUGCCUAAAUUUGCGCCUGCACCUAUAUCUCCAUUGGAGCAAGUACAUGUGGAAGUGUACGAACCACUUCUCGUAAAGGGGGAUCGUGAACGGGACGAAAUAGCGAACUCGCCAGCGGAAACAGCGUCUCAAAGUAAUGACGAGGUAGACGAUUUACUUAAAGAAUGGACAACCUGUUUCGCAUAGGAAAAAGAAGGGAUAUAAAACGCAUGCAGUACACUCGACAAAAAAUUACAGGCUAUUCCGA